AUGUUCACGGCCAUGGAGGUAGAUAGGGCCAACCUGGCGCAAUCCCUAACCGACAACUUCCUGGAUGAUCUCAACCUAAGCACAAACGACUAUAACUUGGGGAAUGCCCUAUACGCGCUGUUCUUCCUAGCUGGAGAACUCCCUGCACAACUCCUAGCGAAAUGGCUUGGACCUGAUCGGUGGGUCCCAUACAAUAUGUUCCUUCAAGCAGGAGUAAUCAUUUCUUCGAACAUCUACCGAGCAGACGACGCACCACUAUACAGAUGA